CGAAGAACAGAACCAGUAACAAUUUGCCAGGCGCCAAACACUCCCUCCCUCCCUCCCUCCCUCCUUUCCGACUUCAAAAACCCAGAAUCAAUUCUAGGGUUAGGGUUUUGUUAAAUUCCUUACCAUUUCAAUGGCAGAUUGGCAACAACUGCUUCCAUCAAUCUUCAUAGGUCUUCUCUUCUCUUACCUCCUCGCCAAACUCAUUUCCAUCGUCGUUUCAUUCCAAAACGACAAUCUCCAUAUCACACGAAACCCCCAAUCCCCAAAACCCCAAUCCACCACCACCCCCACCAUCCACCACCACCACCAGCACUCUCACGGGGAUAUUGAUUCGGUGGUCGCAGAACAAGGUAGUGUGCGAAACGACAGCCUGUCAGGGAAUGAUAGCGGCGGCGACGACGAUGACGACGACGACUGGGAAGGUGUGGAGAGUACGGAAUUAGAUGAAAUGUUUAGUGCUGCGACGGCAUUUGUGGCGGCAACUGCGGCGGAUCGGAAUUCGUUGAAGGUAUCGAGUGAUUUACAGUUGCAGCUUUAUGGGUAUUAUAAGAUUGCUACUGAAGGUCCUUGUACUAGUCCGCCUCCUUCUGCUCUCAAAAUGACUGCCCGGGCUAAAUGGCAAGCGUGGCAGAAAUUGGGUGCUAUGCCACCAGAAGAUGCAAUGCAGAAGUACAUUGAUAUUGUUACAGAGCUGUAUCCUACUUGGGCUUCUGGUUCUACUGUGAAGAGCAAAGGCAGAGAUGGUGACGGACAGAGCAUGGAUGGCAAAGGACCUAUGGGACCGGUUUUCAGCACUUUUGUCUAUGAGGAGGAAUCAGAAACUGAGUUGAAAAUGGAUGCCAUUCAUGCCUUUGCCAGAGAAGGAGAGGUGAAUAAUUUGCUCAAAUGCAUUGAUAGUGGUGUUUCUGUGAAUUUGAGAGAUAGUGAGGGCCGGACUCCUUUGCAUUGGGCUGUAGAUCGUGGUCACCUUGAUAUUGCCGAGGAGCUUGUUGGAAAGAAUGCUGACAUAAAUGCAAAGGAUAAUGAAGGCCAAACCCCAUUGCAUUAUGCUACUGUCUGUGAGAGAGAAGCAAUUGCUGAAUAUCUCGUGAAGCAAAAUGCUAAUACAGAUGCGAAGGAUAAUGAUGGUCAGUCUGCCCGUGAUCUCUGUGAGUCGGACUGGCCUUUUCUGCAACGUGUGGCAUCAUAGACUGACUGGCUGCCUGUUUAUUUUGUGGUUCCUUCCAGUUAGUCUUCUUGACAAAUUCCCUGCAACUGUACAUGGCUACAACAUAUAACCUUUUAAAUUUCUUCAUCUUAGCAACAAAUUUACUGAUGGCAUCGUGUUCUCUGUCACGGUCCUUCACGUUUGCUUCUCUCUUGCCUUCCCAUAUUUUACGUAAAGAAUUCGUAGGUUGAGUAUAGAGGGUCGUUAAAUGGCAUGACAUGCUUUGCCUUUUGCCAAUACAUCAUUGGUUUAUAGCUCUGUUGCAGCCCUCAUCCUGUUUUUCAUCCUCAGAUGUUUGUUGAGUCCUGUCUGUUACACGCAGAUGGAACCAUUUGUAUUUGCUUCCUCACCACCGACAGGAAUGGUGGAAAUAGUAUUUUCUUUGUAAAAUUGGCUGCUUUCUUACAAGAAAAAACACAAAUUAUCAGUGUAAGUCCAUGUCUUUGUUCUC